AUGGCACAAGCAGCGGCUGCCGCAGCGCAGGCCAUCAAGAGUCAAGUUAAAAAGCUCCCAGAGCUCCAUGGCGUCGUGGUGUCUGCGGGGUUAAUGGACAAGACGGUCAAAGUGCGGGUAGGCGGGCAGAAGUGGAAUAACUACGUCAAGAAGUUCUUCGACGACCCGAAACAAUACCUCGUUCACGACCCCUGCAACUCGCUCCGGCUGGGUGACGUGGUGGCCAUCGAGCCGGGCUGGCGCACAUCGAAGCAAAAGCGGCACGUGGUUAAGUACAUCAUCGCUCCCGGUUCCGGCGUACCAAUCGACCAGCGCCCGCCGAUCCCGACACAAGAGGAGCGUCUGGAAGAGAAGGCGGCCAAGCGCUACGCCAAGGUGUACCGGCGCACGCUCCGCAAGACGGCCGAGAAGGUGGAAUCGUCGCUCGAGGUGGCCGAGCGCAUCCUCAGGAAGGGCUGGAGAGAGUUCGAGAUGCGUAAAGGGUUAAUAGAGCAGGCAGAGGAAAAGAUUCGGGAGAGGGAGGCCGAGCUGGCGGCGAAGGUGGCACAAUAG